UGUAAACUGUUAUCAACUGUCCCACCAGGAAAGUGUCAGUCGGAGGAGGAGGAGGAGGAGGAGGAGAAAGGUAGCGGAGCCGCUGAACUCAGUAGGUACCUGUUGAUAGCCCCCCGGCGAUGAAAUGGAGAUCUCAUACAGGAGAAGAAGGACGUGGUGAAGCUUUUCAACACAUGGUGGCACUAUGAUGGAAGUCAUGGAUACAGAGUGUGCCCUGGAGGCUGUGGAGAGACUAUUAGCUAAAGUGAGAGAGAGAGGGGAGGCCCCCACGCAGGAGAAGCUCUGUCUGCUGAAGACCGUCCUGCAGAGCCCCUUGUUCCAUCACAUACUGGGCUUACAGCAAACUCAGCGGAAGCCCCUGGCGAAGACGAGAAGCUUUACCAAAUCUGUAUCCGUGAACGGUGGACCAUGUCCAGGUAAUUCAGUGGAGUUAAAAUCACUGAGCAACAGUGACUCCUACACGUGGGCCGUGGAGGACCGAGCACCUGGGGAGGGCAGCGUCUCCUCUCUGGGCUCUCAGGAUCUGUCGCUUCCAGACAUUUACAGGAGCAGCUUCUCAGAAUCACAAACUGUACUUCACCAGAGGCGUCAUGUGGAAAUGAUUGAGCUGGUGAAUGAUGGGAAGGGGCUCGGCUUUGGCAUCAUCGGAGGACGCAGUACUGGAGUACUGGUCCAAACUAUUCUACCUGGAGCAGCCGCCGGCAGGGAUAAGCGCCUGCGUAGCGGGGAUCAGAUCCUGUGUGUCGGAGAUACAGACCUGACAGGCAUGAGCAGCGAGCAGGUGGCACAAGUGCUGAGGAAUGCUGGGAGCAGAGUGAAGCUGCUUAUCGCCAGAGAUAUCCCCAAGGACAGAAUGUGUUCUCCUGUUAUACAACAGAGCAGCGUGGAUGACAAGCUGAAUGACCUAGGUGAUGACCUUGACUUCAGUGUGGAGUUCACCAAAAACAGCCGAGGUCUGGGAUUUACCAUCGGCAGUUAUAUAAGUGAUGUGAACUCAGCCUACAGUGCCGGUGUGAUAGUAGAGAGCAUAGUGAAAAGCAGCACCGUUGAUCUAGACGGACGGAUCCGCAUCGGAGACUUUAUACUCUCUGUGGAUGGGGUGAGCUUGCAGGGUUGCAGUGAGCAGACAGCAGUGGAACUGCUGAGGCGGACAGGUCCAGAGGUCAAGUUAAAGUUGCUAAGGAGGGCCAGUGGCGUACCGCAGGUCCCCCGUCUGCAGCUGCUGCAACACAGCCACAGUUUCAGUGAGGAAAAUUCUUCCAGUUUGGGCCUGAAAAUGAUUCAGGAGAAAGGAAUCUGCUCCCUGCGUGCGAUCUGCUGGCGAGUAGCGUACGCCAGCCGACGACCCCGACACGAUUUCAAACGUGGUGUGAAACUGACGUCAGACGAAGAGGAGUACCUGAGGAGGAGGUGGCAGCAAGCUGUCGGACCACAGCAUGAAGUUUUUGUGUGUCAGCUGGAGCGCUUUAGUGAGAGGAGUGGUCUGGGCAUCAGUCUGGAGGCCCGGGCCAGACAUCAUUACCUGUGCUCCGUCUUACCUGAGGGACCCGUGGGCCAAAGUCACAAGAUUUUCACCGGAGACCAGAUAUUAGAGGUGAAUGGGAUCCCUCUUGUCGGGCAGCCACAUAAGGAGGUGAUCAAUAUUCUGAAGGAGCUGCCUCUGCAUGUUUACCUGGUGUGCUCCAGGAUGGUGACGCCUUCAGUUCCUGACAGCAGUGACGGUGAUGGAGAGGAUGUCCGCCUCACGCUGAAGGAGCUGCUGGCCGAGUUCAACGAGAAGUUGGACCGGGGUUGUGUCAUUCCCUGUCCUACGGCCGAGGACAUCACCAGGCGCGGCGUUCCACCUAUGUCACCUCCUCUGGCCAUGUGGGAGAGAGAGACCGAGGUGGUCGAGCUGGAGAAAGGCGAGUCCGGACUGGGCUUCAGUAUCCUGGACUACCAGGAUCCAGAAGAUGCCGCUAAAACAGUUCUGGUGAUCCGCUCCUUGGUGCCUGGAGGUGUAGCGGAACGUGACGGUCGCCUCCUCCCUGGAGACCGACUCAUGUUUGUUGACGACAUUCACCUGGAAGACUCCAGCCUGGACUACGCUGUUCAUGUCCUGAAGUCCACUGGCUACGGCCCUGUCUGCAUCGGUGUGGCCAAACCUCUGCCAUUGGAACUGUGCGGCAGCCUGACGCCAAUUUCGGAGAGGAGCAUACAAGCUUCUUACGAUGCAAGCCACACACGGCACAGCCUGCUAACCGAGGCGGCCCAGGCUCCCACCAACAGUUUCUACGUGGAGGACGGCAGCACCGUCCAGCAGCCGCACACCCAGACAGUAAACCAGUCACGUAAUUGCUUUGGCACCAUGGAAGACAAGGACAGGCACCAGGCCCCACCUCUGCCUCCGCGCACCAGCUUUGAGAGGACAAUCACUGUUGUCAGGGGCAACCGCAGCCUCGGUACGUUCUCCAUGACGGUGAGUUCUAUGAAGGACGGCUCAGGCAUGCUGGUGCGCAGUGUGCUGGAGGGAGGCUCUGUGAACCAGGAUGGAAGGCUAGGGGUGGGAGACACCAUCUUGGCCAUCAAUGGGGAGCCCACCACCAACCUGACCAAUGCCAAGGCCAGAGCCAUGCUGCGCAGACACUCGGUCAUGGGGCCUGAAAUGAGUGUGACCUACGUUCCAGCCCAUCAGGUGGACGAACACCGUGCUCGCCUGUGUUUGCCCCCGCUGGCCUCGAUUACAUCAGACAGUGCCUCUCCCUCGCCCACGCCCCCAGUACCUUCUCCAGAACCCAAACUGGCUCGAGACAGAUCCCCGAGUCCACAUAAAACUAGACCUUCAGAUUCACACCUCGGCCUCAAACCGCCCACCAAGGCCCACUGCAGUGCAGCUCCGGAUCCAUCCUCGGUGAAGAUGUCUGCUCCAGUGAAAGGCCCGGCCGUUGUCCCCACCAUCACCCCUGCUCCAGACUCAAGCUGGCAGAUUCCCAAGUCUCUCUCACACCAGAGUAAAAGAGAAGCAAAAGAAAAGGGAGAAUCUCUGGAAGGGAAAAAGCAGGAGAUUACCGCAGAUGGAAAAGUACUAAAGCUGCAGGCGGAGAUAAAACCUGAUGGUAAAACCAAGGAAAAUGAGGAGGGCCAUUCUCACGCCUUUGUUUCCCGGGAUCAACAGAGAAGUGUUCAGCUGACGCGAGCACCAGGCCAGUCCCUGGGCAUCAGCAUAAUGGGUGGCAGAGGUAUGGGCCGGAGACUGAGCAGUGGAGGGAUGAUGAGGGGAGUCUUCAUCAAGCACAUCAGCCCUGACAGCCCAGCAGCACAUAAUGGCACCCUCCGGACUGGAGACAGGAUACUAGAGGUGUCUGGUGUGGACUUAACGGAUGCCAGUCAUGAGCAGGCGGUGGAGGCCAUCCGCAGGGCUGGAGAUACUGUGACGUUUGUACUCCAAACUGGACAAUAUCAAAUCCAGUCUCCGCUUCUCACCAACCACGAUACACACACUCCUACACCUCAGACCAACUCACACAGCAGUAAGGAGGCACAGCCUGUCAGAGGUCUGUUCCAUUGUCUCUUCCCUACAAACCCCUUCACUCCCACUCCCUUUAAGGUACCGUCGCCAGUGUUGGAUAGAAAGGACCAGAGGAGGCCCACACGAGUCGCAGCGGCGGUCACAGCGGCUGAGGAUGAGGAGGACACAGAAAGGCAAAAGAUGCUCCAGCGCUACGGCAGUCUGUCUGGAAGUCUCUAUUUGUUUGAGCUGGAGAAGGAUCCUGCUGCUUCCGGCCUGGGAAUCACUCUCACAGGGAACAACGAUGGCUCUAGGGCACGUACGAGUGUCUUUGUGGCAGAUAUAGACCCCCAGGGCCCUGCUGGGCUGGAUGGAAGGAUACGGAUUGGAGACGAGCUGCUGGAGAUCAAUGGUCAGAACCUGCACGGUCGUAGUCACCAAACUGCCUCCUCCAUCAUCGACAAAGCUCCGGCCAAAGUCAAGAUCGUUCUCAUCAGGAGUAAAGAAACUCUGAUGCAAAAUGCCCAUGGAUCCAGAACAGUGUGUGAAGACACAGUCGACUCCCACAUGCACCCAGCCGAUCAGGACGGUUUAUCAAAAGACUUGCAUCAUAUUAUUCUUCCACAGGAUCAGGUGGGUCUUGGUCUCUGUCUGGCCAAAGGAGAUUUUAAUGAUGGCGUGGUGGUGAGGUCCAUUAUCCAGAACAGCACCACUAGUAAGGACGGAAGAAUACAGAGUGGAGACAGAAUCAUAGCAGUGGGUGAAGAACCUGUGUCAGGGAUGUCAGUAGAAAAGGUGUCCAAGUUGAUCCUAGAUCAGCAGGUCAAUGUCAAGCUCUCCGUCAGCAGAUCUCAGAGUCUCCUCUUCUUUACUCCGUCUCUUCCAAAAUCUCUGUCAUGUCCCUGCUCUCAGUCUCCUACAUCCUCCCUCACUCACCCGGUUUCCUCCUCGUCUUCAUUCUUCACUGCAACACAGACGUCCCCUACUGGGCACAAUGAUUGGCUGGGAUCCUCACCCCUGACCUCUGACCCCAAGAGUUGCCCUGUUGUAGCUGGCAGGGAAACUACGAUAGAGAUCGUCAAAGGAAGUGUCGGCCUGGGCCUCAGCAUCAUAGGAGGAUGUGACACUCUGCUGGGGGCAGUAGUAAUCCAUGAAGUAAACGAUGGGGGAGCAGCUCAGAUGGAUGGAAGGCUGCAAGCUGGAGACCACAUAUUAGAGGUCAACGGCAUUGACCUGCGCCAGGCUACUCACGAUGAAGCCAUCGGCGUGCUGCGGCUCACGACCCAACGUGUCUCCCUGCGGGUCUUCAGGUACCAGGAGGCCUUCAGGGAGGAGGACCUGUGGGAUGUCUUCAGCGUGGAGCUCCAACCUCAUCCCAGAGAAGGGCUGGGGUUCAGUAUUGUGGAAAAGAGUAAUGACACGGGCAUCUUCGUGUCAGACAUCAUCAGAGGAGGUGUGGCAGAUUCAGAUGGCAGGCUGUUGCUCGGUGACCAGAUUGUGUCAAUCAACGGAGUGGAUGCCCGGGCGGCAUCACUGGAGCAGGCGCAGAAGCUGCUGCAGAGUUCCAGUGGGGCUGUUCACCUGGAGGUGGCUCGGUUCAAAGCCGGACUGCAGUACUCACCUUGGAGCCAGAGCGAAGGCUCCAAUUGGUCCAACUUGACACCCUCAAGCGGAUGUGAUGCUUCGCUGUGCCACCAGAGGGAGACAAGUGACAACAAAACAGGCAGCUAUACAUUUCAAGACUUUCCUGAGAUCAGAGUUGUUACGAUACAGAAGGGUCAAAGUGACUCUCUUGGCAUAAGUGUAGCAGGAGGAGUGGGCUGUCCCCAUGGCAACGUGCCUCUCUUUAUCGAUGCUCUACAUACCAACGGACUGGCAGCCAAAACAAAGCAAUUACAGGCGGGAGACAAGCUCCUCAGUAUCAAUGAUGUGUCCACCGAGGGAAUGACUCAUGUCGAUGCCAAAGCCUUGCUGAAGAAUGUCACUGGAACCAUCACUCUGAAGGUGACAGCAGGUUCUGUUGGACGCACACAGGACAACAGUGACGUCCAGACAGGGUCGUUAGAAAAGUCCAGCAGCCUGCCGUGUUUUCACAACAACAUCUGCGCUCGUAUGUACAAGACCAUCACCCUGGAGAAGGACUCCUCAGGCCUGGGCUUCAGCAUCGUGGGAGGGUUUGGCAGUCCUCAUGGAGACCUGCCCAUCUACAUCAAAAGUGUCUUCAACAAGGGGGCAGCAGUAGCAGAUGGCAGGCUGAGGCGCGGGGAUCAGAUUAUUGCUGUGAACGGACACUGUCUGGAGGGCGCUACUCACGCCGAAGCUGUGGACGUACUCAAGAAGACCAAGGGCAGCGUGGUCCUCACUAUCCUCUCAUGAGGAUAGAUCUCAGAGGUCUAAAGGAUCUUAGUUGGUGUCUUUCUUCAAUUCCUGCAAUUAUAUAAGGAUUAUUUUUAACGAAACAAGCCCAGGUUUCGCCCUAAGCGUAAAUUUUGAGCAAAUUGAAACGAGAAGAUCGUUCUUUACAAACGUUUUUUGUCAAAUUCUUUGCUUGGUGAUGCACCAUGGGAAUUUUCCAAUAUGAAAUAUGUGCCGUGGCUCAAAAAAGUUUAGUAAAUACUGCUUUAAACGUAAGAUGAAUCACUUAUGGCCUUUCCCUAAAUCAGGGGUUGCCAUGGCAAUAUACUUUCUGUAGUGAAAGUAUAUUGAAAGUGUACAAAUAUUCUUCUCUGUAUUAUAUAUCACAGUAUAUUAGAGUUCCCCUUCUCUCAUACACACUUACACACUGUAUUUCAAUGUCUGUCUUUAACUCGGUGUGUCUCUGAUUAUGUGAUACUUUGCUGCUGUGCUACAAAUGCAGCUGCUUCUACUUGGAGCAGGAAGUUUAUGUUUUAAUCACCGCCUUUGCUGACCCGCAGCCAUGAAACAAAUAUGUUUAUAAAAAUAAACAUAAACUAUAUAUGUAUGUAUGUAUAGUGAGAGUUUUUCGUGUAAACUCAAAGUAACAACACUGUACACUUCAAUGGCAAAUUUUAUUGUGUUUCAAACAGCAACGUAAAGUCCGUUAUUUAAUAUUAUAGCACCUGUAAGUAUUUUAGUAAGUACUACCUUUUUGUCCCUAUUCCUGAUGGGAUAUUGUCUUUUCCUGUUAACAUAUAACCUGAUGAUAAACUAGGUUAUGCUCAUGGAUAUGUAUAUAUAUAUAUAUUUAUUAAGACAUGUUAGAAAACCAAACUUCAUAUUAGUCCAGAUCAAACAGCUCCAUCUACUGCUGACGUGUAUCCUCUGCUAUCUCCUAACAUCUGUUAGUGAAGAGUCAACCACACCAUGCCAAGUGCUUCUGCCAACCUUUUGUAUGGCAAACACGGUUUGAGAAUAUGUUCUUUGUAAGGCUGUUGUAAUUUCAUCCACUCAUUCUCAUUCGCUGUUCCUUCAAACUUUUUUUUUUUAUAUUUCACGGCGGGUUUAUAAUUAGCAGUUACGGCCACCUUAGGUACGACAGGAAACUAAUUUUGUCACAUCUGUUGUCGGCAGCUGCAGAUUUCAGUGGCUAAGUUAUUGACUGCUGUUUUCAUAUUAAUGCAUUUGGUUUGAUGUUUCGGCACCGUGAGGACGUGUUGUCAUAGCAACAGGUGUCACGUCUGGUUAGGAAUGAUUACUUUCAGUUUUAUAUGAUUUUAUACAACCUGGUACGUUCAGUUGACCUUGAUGUGUGUUCAAAGAACAGUCGACAACAACAGGCAUGUUUGUCCUGGUGUUCAGUGGAUGAACUGCAUGUUAAUAAAUGUUCACU